ACUGCCUCGAAACACCACUGCAGUAAAACCGACUUUCCCUUCCCUUCCCUUCCCUUCCCCGCCCAUCCCACCCUCUGCUAAAAUGCGCUGCGUGCGCUCAUCACUUUCUCCUCUUCUACUACUAGCAGCAGGAGCAGCUCUUCUACUCUCUGCCAUCAUCUCCACCGUCAAUUCCACAACCUGCCCUUACGACAUCCCCUCAUCAACGGCCCUCAUCCCGCCCGCCUGCUACGGCAAUUACACUCCCGCUGCCGCCGCCGCCGCUCCUCCCACCAACUGCUGCUGGUUCGUCUUCGCCGCCUACAUCUUCGCCGCCAUCCGCCACUCCAACGCCACCGGUGACGCCUUCCUUCCGGAUCCCACAGCCUCCUCAUGCUCCGACGCCUUCGCUGCCUACCUCCUACGCCACGGCCUCGUCCGCCCCCAAUUCCUCCUGAGCGCCGGCCGCUGCAACCUCAACGGCGACGACCCGUCCCAGUUCGCCGCCGGCAAGCGCGCGUGCCAGUACUACACCGUCGCCGACAUCCGCUCCACCGUCAACCUAUCCACCGUAAUCAAGCUCUGUACUUCCGGUCUCCGUGAGCCGACGUUCGACCAGGCGUCAUGCAAUGCCUGCAAGAGGUCCGUCAUCGCCGCUACUUUAAGUCUCCUCCAAAUCACCAAAAGCAAGGAAUUCGUUCCUUGCGGGAUGGCCACGACGAUCGGGAUCUGGGCGUCGUUGCCCGAGAUCGGACGGUUCAGAUCUUACGCUCUUUGUAUGGUCCAGGUUCUUGAUGACAUAGGCAGUCUCGGCACCAGCAAUCUCAUCCCAUCUCCUCCUCUUCCUCCCUCCUCUCCUCCACGUGUGGAAAAUCCAAAAAAACCACGUGCUGCUAUUAAAAUCGCUGUCAGCUCAGCAGCUGCCGGGCUUCUGUCCGUAGCUGCAGUACUCGUUCUGUUGCUGGCAAUCCGCAAACGGAGAAGAUCAACGCUCGUAUCGUUCUCAGUUGAAGAUCCGACGGCCACAAUUGAAUCUCCGCUUCCAACCGACGGAUUGUAUAUUUUCACGAGGAGCGAGCUGAAGCAGGCAACGAACGACUUCGAUCCACAGCUGCUGCUGGGGGAAGGUGGGGCCGGGAAGGUCUAUUUGGGGAAGCUCCCCAGCGGUCAGCGCGUGGCGAUUAAAAGGAUCCAGCUGGAGAAAAAGCUCGGCGAAUUCUACCGCGAGAUCGAGAUCCUCGUCAAGCUCCGGCACCGGAAUCUGACGACGCUCGUCGGGUACUGCCUCCAUAAGAAGGAGCACGUGCUGGUUUACGAGUACAUGGCAGGAGGGAAUCUGUCACAUGCGCUUUACCACGGCGAGCUGACGUGGCACCGGAGGGUGCAGAUCGCCGUAGACAUCGCCGAGGGAUUGGCGUAUUUGCACGAGUUUCCGGGAGGAGCGGUCAUACAUCGCGACGUAAAGCCCACCAAUGUUCUCCUCAACGAUCUAGGACAGGCAAAGCUGUCCGAUUUCGGGGUGUCCAAGAUCCUACCGUCGGAAAUCAGCCACGUGUCCACGAUGGAGAUAAGGGGGACGCGGGGGUACAUGGACCCGGAGUGCUUCUCCAUGGGACACGUGUCAGAGGCGACGGACGUGUAUAGUUUUGGGAUUGUGUUGCUGGAGCUGAUCACGGGUAGUAAGGCGGUGGUCCCCACUCCUUCUGGUGGGGCCGAGUCGAUAGUGUACAUCGCGCAUGAGCUGAUGGGGAGCGGGACCGAGCCGGAUGUUAGGAAGAUCAUGGACCGGCAGCUCGGACCGGUUCUCGACCCCGGUUCGGUCGAGGAGGUGUUCAAGGUAGCGUACAGGUGCGUGAAGCCGUACAAGAACGAACGGCCGAAGAUGAAGGAAGUGCUGGAGGUUUUGAAGAGGGUGCUAGCUGAUUUGGAGGGUGUGGGGUCCACCGAGGUCGAGGCUGUGGGCCCCACGGGGAAUGAGGUUGUGAGCAGAGAGGUGUCGUUGGCGUCGACGUCGGAGAUCACGCCGCCUUCCGUCGACGCAUGGUCGUUGUGACGGGUGGUGGAGCUUGUUACUACUGUUAUCGAAUGUGGAAAUGUUCUAGAAUACGCCGGUGUGCAGUUUAGGAUUUUCCCACCCUAACGCCAGUCCACAAGGCAACAAAACUCGCUGACGAUGGAUGGAAAAUAGGUUUAGAUGCGGCGUUCUUAAAUUGCGCUUGGUGCGUAGUUGCAUCCCAUGGGAUCUCCUCUCCUAACAUGAUCUCAGCAACUUGCGGAAGUAAUUAACAGAGGUCUGGUUCGGUAGCCCGCUUUACUUCCGAUUCCACAGCAUCAUUUGUAGAUUUUGUAUGAAAGGAAAGAGGGAUUAUGUUUUCCAAAUCGCAGGAAAAUAAUACACUAGAUGGUUACGCUGAUGAGCAAUA